UAUUUAUAUGUAGAUCAGUGUUUAGACUAAUUUAACAUCAAAACAACUACUGAUAAGACUAGUGUAACCAAACCAACACUUUUACAUAAAAAUAAAAUGUUGGUACCAUUGGUACCUCUCCUGUUGAUUAUUUCCGGUUCAAAAUGUUCCGACCCUCUGGUCAAAACCCCAUUGGGCGAAAUCCGCGGUCGUACCAGAACCUCCCAUGAUGGGCGAAAAUUCGCCGCGUUUGAGGGAAUCCCAUUUGCAAAGCCACCCAUUGGUUCCCGACGGUUCGAGCCCCCCGAACCCAUCGACCCAUGGAGUGGUACCUGGGACGCGUCCCAUGCCACCACCUGUGCCCAAACACCCAUGCUUCAACCCAACGUAACAGCAGGGCACGAGGACUGCCUCCAUCUCAAUAUUUACGUCCCACGUGAGUCACCCAGCACCCAUGACCGGCUCGAGGUCAUGGUACACAUCCAUGGUGGGGCCUUUAUGUACUGCAGUGGGCAUUUUUACGCCAAACCGGACUUUAUCAUGGAUCGUGAUUUGGUUCUGGUCACUUUUAAUUACCGUUUGGGUGUUUUGGGGUUUUUGGGUACUGAGGAUGAAGUGGUACCGGGGAAUAUGGGUCUGAAAGAUCAAGUAAUGGCCUUGAAAUGGGUCAAAAAUAAUAUUGGGAGUUUUGGAGGGAACCCAGAUUCUGUCACUUUGACUGGUUUCUCGGCUGGUGGUUCUAGUGUCCAUUUGCAUUAUUUUUCACCCAUGAGUCAUGGGUUGUUCCAACGGGGGGUGUCCCAUAGUGGGACAGCGACGAAUUUUUGGGCCUUGCAACAAGCACCUUUGGAGAAAGCUUCCAGAUUGGGGGAAGCUCUAGGUUGUCCCAUUGGUACCACCAAGGUACUAGUCGACUGUCUUAAGGAACGACCCUUGGGACAAGUUUUGUCCAAGGCUACUAUGUUUUUUGGGUACCAAUUUAUGCCCCUGGCACCAUUUGCCCCAGUUGUGGAAAAAAAGGGCCCAAGCCCUUUUUUGACAAGUACCCCUUUAGAUUUAUUAAAACAAGGGAAGGUUUCAAAGGUACCAUGGCUAGUUUCAAAUACCGCCCAUGAAGGUCUUUUCCAAAAAAAUUUUUUGGACAACGAUGUGGACAAUGUUAACCAAAAUUGGGACUCUCUAGCCCCCAUUUUCCUCGAAUUCAAUUACACAGUACCAUCAACUUUGCAAAAAAACGUUUCGGAAAAAAUCCGGGAGUACUACUUUGGGGAAAACCAAAUUUUGGCCCCCGAAAAGUUGGUCAAACUGUUCAGUGACCGAUUUUUCCUCCUUGGGGCCGAAACGGGGGUCAAACUCCAGUCCAAAAUCAACCAAACUUCGAUUUUUUACUACCUUUUUAGCUACCCAAGCGAUUCCAAAAUGAUUGGGCAUGGGGACGACGCCAAAUAUUUCUUCACGAGUGUGAUGGUACCACGACCCUUGACCCAGAAUGAAUUAAAAAUGAAAAAUGUGAUGUUGGACAUGUUGGUCUCCUUCGCCAAAACUGGGGUUCCUGAAAUAAAAGGGGUGGAGUGGAAACCAACAAGGGACCAGUUGUGGUACCUCGAUGUUGGUUCUUUUGAAACAAAGGAUAUGGUACUACGAAAUACUAGUGACUUGACUGGUACCAGAAAAUUUUGGAAUUCUUUGGCACUGUAAUUAAACUCCGGUAGUGUAUGCAACCAAUAAUUGUUAGUUUCUAUUAUGUAAUUCUAACUUAAAAAAUUGAUUCAAUGAGAACAAUAAUAGUAUUUAUUUAAGUCAACUUAUUUGACAUAAUUAAUUGUUUCAUGUCUAAUUUUAGUAAUUUAAUUUAAUUUUUGAAUCAUAAUUGAGUUCGAGUAGGUAUGCAACCAAUUAUACUUUCCGAUACCAAAAUUUUGUUAUUCAGUAAAAACAGUGUAGUGCCUUA